AUGGAGGAAGACGAACGGCGGUUGUCUUUCCCGCCGCCGGCGCCGCUGAACUCGCCCGGGGAAGAGAUCGACGGCUCGCGGUUGCUUGGCGAGAUCGUGCGCACGCUCGAGGCAACGAACCCGGAGGCAGCUGCACCUCUGGCCGCCUCGCAGUCGCGCGAUGCGCUGGCCACAGAAUGCGAGAAGCCGCGACGGGACCAGUUGCGGAUCCCGCUCGACGUCACGUUCGCAAACGAAACAGUGGGCGGGCGUGAUGAGCCGCGGGCCGUUGUCACGCCGUUCACCCGCGAAUCGGCGAAGCGCGCUGGCUCGCGGGGAGCACAGCUCGUGCGAGAGUUCGGCUUCAUGCCGCGACGCCGGCUUAGUGUCGAAGAUGGUGCACGUCUACCGCGGAAGUACGAGCCCUUUCCGCCGAAACUAUAUGGACGACCCCUGGAAGAGAUUGACAAUUUUAUUUACGAUGAGCUUCCUAGCUCACCCGCCUCUCCCGACUCAGUGUUCCGCAAGCCAGGGCGUCAAUCACACGUGCCGUACGGAGGUGCUUGGGGUCCAACGGACCCCCGCGCGACUAAUAGUGUUGUACAAAUUCGGUUAAAGAACACAAUGGCAAGCCGCCACUUGAAUUUAGAGCAAAUAUCAAAUCUGCUAAAUGAAGAUGAAGAGGAGCCAUUUGAUGAAAGCGACGAUGAAUUAGGCAUCGGAGAACACUUACCUGAACUACAAAAUGAUAAUUCUGACUCUAAGCAGAGAGAAACCGACUCAGAAGAUGAAGCAGGGUCAUCUUUAUCACAAUAUUAUAUAGGCAGAGACAAGCAAACCAAAUGGUCCAAAAACUCUUCCAGCCAAAGAAUAAGACAAAGAGCUCACAACAUUGUUUUGCAUUUACCUGGACCAAAGGGAGAAGCUAGGAAUGUUAUGAAUCUUCACAUCUGA